ACUUGAAGUCGGCAGAAACAACUUCUAAGACACAGCGAAACGAGCAAAGGAAUACUACAGCUACGAGCCAUAUUUGGAUUAUACUUUGGCCAGCACACUUUGACUGGAUUUUAAUAUUUGCGAGCUCUUCCGGAGACUUGUGGAUCACUAUUAUUUGAAGCAAAAUGACCCUGGAAGAAGUCGUUGGAUGCAAUAUCACUGAUAAAAAAAUGGACACCGUGAGCCAAGCAUUGGAAGAGCUGCUGGUAGCAGCACAGAGACAGGACUGUCUUACAGUCGGCGUUUAUGAGUCUGCAAAACUAAUGAAUGUAGACCCAGAUUGUGUCGUACUGUGCGUUCUGGCCACCGAUGAGGAGGACCAGGAUGAUAUUGCGCUGCAGAUUCACUUCACGCUCCUUCAGGCGUUCUGCUGCGACAAUGAUAUCAACAUCCUUCGGGUGUCUGGGCUGAGACGCCUAGCACAGGUGCUCGGCGAGCCAACCACCGUGGACAACAACGAGCCAAGGGACUUCCACUGCAUCAUAGUCACUAACUCUCAAUGUCAGCCACUCAAGUGCGAGGCACUGAAGGACGUGGGCAACUACUGCGAAGAGAGCCGCUGCAAGAACCAAUGGAUUCCUUAUCUGUCCCUGCAAGAACGCUGAACGAACGGCGAUGCUUUUGAUGCAAUGAAAGGAUGAACGAGUCAUUCUCUGCGAAUGAAAGCAAAAGGGCUCUGCACCAGCCGCCGUUGAGUGCUGCGUCAUUCAAAGGGGCUGUGAGAGAGAAGUGGAGCUCUUGGAACUGUGCGCACGGGACCGGUACAUUCCACCCUGCCCCUCCAGCUUGUGUGACCUCCGUUGAAGAAAAAAAAAAAAGUGGUAGCGGAGGAACAAGUUGUGGGAACAUGAACUGUGAAAGGCUGCCUGUCGGCGCAAGCGGUGCCGGAGAACUUGCACGCGGGCGGCGUGGGCGUGCCAUGGGUUGGAAAGCGACGAGUGUGCGUCACUAUCGCUGCCUGGGGGGCGAACAUUUUCAAAUGCCGAGUGAAUGAUCUGUGUAUGUGCCGGACUUUAGUGACUAUGAACUGCAGUGGCAUUAAUGCCAAGCUACAAAUGGACCGCAAUCGCUUGUUAGACUGCACUGAGAAGGACAGUGUUUGUGGAACAAAAUGAAUUCUGUUGAGUUAUUGAGAAAUGCAUAUUAUGAAUUGAUGUAAGUUAUUUCCAGUCAUUUAAAUAGAGUAACAUAUGCAUUGCUGCUCUUGUCAAAUGCAGUAUUGUUUCAAUAAAUUGUUGAUUGAGAAUUGUA